AUGCAACUCACCACCCUCCUCCCAAUCGUCCUAGCAGGCCUAGCCACCGCACGCCCGGCUGCCCUACAGACCCAGACAAUCACCGACGACAUCAUCUGGAGCAUCUCCAAUUUCACCGUAGGCUGCUCCCAAGGUGGUUGCGUCUACGAAUAUGACAUUGUCGGUCGCGAGAACGCGAUGACCCCCAAAUUCCGCACCUUCUGCAGCGGCAUCACAAGCAAGAAGGUCGCUUGCGACGACAAGAACAUCACAACCAUUGUUUCACCUGCUGAAAACCCGGACUGGAAUGUCGGUGUCACCCAUACCUGGAAAUCCCUGCUCAGCGACAAUACUCUCGCAACCUGGUUCCAGCAUGGCGCGAAGAAUGUUACCGUUCCUGACCAAAACCCGAUUGAGUUUGUUAUGAAGCCUACUCAGGAGUACGGUAUUGCCUAA